GCAUGCUCACUGUCCCGAAACAUGAUGAGCCAUCUUGCCCUGUGGGAAUUUCUCCUUCCAGCCAGCACCGGCUACAUCUGUGUCAGCGAAGGCAGCAGCAGCAGCAGCAGCAGUAGAAGUAGCAGAUAGAUCCUGGCUGCUCUCCCUCAGUCUCUGCUUCUACCUCUGUGCUGUAACUUCAGCACAGAGGGGGGAAUUCGCCGGCUGCCCGCUCCUAGGAAACUUCUCUCCGCCGCGCUCCCCCUGCACAAAAUCUUCUCCCUGGGACCUCUGACCUCAGCUGUACCCCAGCUACUUAAAAGCACGUUUCUUUAUUUUCUGUGUCAGUGUGUGCUGCAUCUUCUCUUUCCCACUGCUGAAUGAACAACAGUCAGUUGUCACUUUUCAUUUUUCACUUCACAAGACUCCAGUUUUUUGGCUUCUCACCCGUGCUUGUGAAACUUCCUGUUUCCCCGAGGAUGUGUUUGAGUCCCACAGUGGCGUGAGAAGGAAUACUGAAGGGUUCUGAACAGUUUCCGUGUAGUUCGGACUCUGCAGCACUGGACUGAAGGUUAACGCGCAAGGAAUAACAGCCAACACCUGUCUUCACACAUGAGGAGAAGGCUCUCUGAUGCUACCGUUGAAAAAUGUUCACUGAGAUCAUGUACCACAUCCUGAUGGAGGCUUCUUCUCCUUCAAUACGUUUUCUAUAGGCAAAGAGAAACAGGAACAACAUGGGAGCUGAGGAGCUGUCAAACUCUACUAUCUGUGGCAAUGCAUCAGAUAUCCAGCCAAUCGGACACAGUCUAUGGGAGGUCAUAACCAUAGCAACUGUAUCGGCCAUAGUGAGUUUGAUCACAAUAAUUGGCAACAUUCUUGUGAUGCUAUCCUUUAAGGUCAACAGCCAAUUAAAGACCGUGAACAAUUACUACUUGCUGAGCUUAGCUUUUGCAGACCUCAUCAUUGGAGUGUUUUCCAUGAAUUUAUAUACCUCUUACAUUCUGAUGGGAUACUGGUCACUGGGGAGCUUAGCGUGUGACUUGUGGUUAGCUGUGGAUUAUGUGGCCAGCAAUGCCUCUGUAAUGAACCUGCUGGUUAUCAGCUUUGACAGGUACUUUUCCAUUACAAGGCCACUGACUUACAGAGCGAAGCGAACUCCAAAACGGGCAGGGAUCAUGAUAGGUUUGGCUUGGCUUGUGUCUUUCAUCUUGUGGGCUCCUCCCAUUUUAUGCUGGCAGUAUUUUGUUGGAAAAAGAACAGUUCCAGCCAAGCAGUGCCAGAUCCAGUUUUUCUCUGAGCCGGUGAUCACGUUUGGGACAGCCAUUGCUGCUUUCUACAUUCCAGUCUCUAUUAUGACCAUUCUGUACUGCCGGAUCUACAAGGAAACAGAAAAACGCACCAAGGACUUGGCUGAGCUUCAAGGUCUAAACUCUUCAGCUGACACCAGCAGUGCCAAACCCCAGAAGACUAUCAUAAGAUCCUGUUUCAACUGUAAACAGCCCCCUAAUGCCUCUCGAGAUAGGAACCAGGCUUCCUGGUCCUCUUCAAACGCUGCCAAGUCAGCAGCUUUGUCUAGUGAUGAGUGGUCCAAAGCUGACCAGGUGACCACCUUCAACAGCUAUGCCUCCUCAGAGGACGAAGAGCGCCCUGUCUCACCAGGUAUCUUCCAAGCAGCUUACAAGAACCAGGCCUGCGGUCACAAUGAAAGCAUUGUUGGUAGUGAGACUGAGCAGCUGAGCAGUAAUGAAGAAGGCAGUUACUUCCCUUCCCUGCCUAAGAGCAGCUCUCAGAAAAGCAAGAAGUGUGUCUCUUACAAGUUCAAACCAGUCACCAAAGAGGGCAGUUCUCAGCAGAGCAAAAAUGGGGACACUAAAAUUGCACCGUCCUCAUGCUCCUCAGCAGAGUCUAUGGGCGCACCCUCCACCUCCUCCUCUGCCAAACCCAUGGACACCAAUCUGAAGAACCAGAUCACCAAGAGAAAGCGAAUGGUCCUCAUAAAGGAGAAGAAGGCAGCCCAGACACUUAGUGCCAUUCUUCUAGCCUUCAUUCUCACCUGGACCCCCUACAACAUCAUGGUGCUCAUCUCCACUUUCUGCUCUGACUGCAUUCCUCUGUCUCUCUGGCACCUGGGAUAUUGGCUCUGCUAUGUCAACAGCACUGUUAACCCAAUGUGCUAUGCCCUCUGCAACAAGACUUUUCAGAAGACCUUUCGCAUGCUACUCUUCUGUCAAUGGAAGAAAAAAAGGGCAGAGGAAAAGCUAUACUGGUACGGGCAAAACCCAGCUGUUGGUGGAAAACUGACGUAAUCAGAGAUACAAUUCCACAGACUUAUUUUUCAUAUAUUUUGCAUUGACAAUACUUUGACACUUAAACUUGUGGUUAUGGUCAACUUCAUGGAUGUUAUUGUAAAAGAAUAGUUGUGAAAUGUUCAAAUUCUUCCAGGAUGGAGCUGCAUAUUCUGCUAGUAUUAAUUUAACAUGAUAUAGUGUUUGGCAAUAAUUAGCCUCUAGGGUGAACUAUGGUAUUUGUUUUAUACCAAAGCUUUGUAAAUAGUCAUAAAGUGUUCUAUGUGACAGGCUGAAAAAUAAUUGUGGCAUUAUACCACUAUGUGAUACAUAUUUUCCUUCAAGAUUUGUAUUAGUGCAGGCACUUAUAUAUCAAAACAUACAUUGUUAUAAAACUUAUUGCUUCUUGUUCAUGUUUUAUUUAUUGUUUAUCUUCAUCUGUAAAAGAAAAAAACAAAGUUUCUUUAUUAUGCCUGAAUUCAUUUUUGUAAAAUCUGUAACUUUCACAGAUUUUUUUGUUCUCUUGCUUGUAUUUAAGGGCUAACAUUUUUAAUGUGGCAGAUUUUGGAGGUUUGUAUCCUUUAAUCAGAAAAUAGUAUUACCUACAGUCAUCCUGGUUGUGUGUCAGCUUGAGAUUAGCAGCCUAUUCAAGAUUGUAUGUCGAUUAUAAAAGCCUUUUUAUCACUUGUGCCGUUUUAAAGUACUGUACUGCUAACUUCUGUGCGUCACAUGACCCAGCUCAAACAACACCACAAAUUAAACCUUUUCGACGUGUAAAAAAACAACAAGAGGAAAUUGGAAAUUGCACUGGAACACUGCGAUCUUUGCCUCAGAGAAGAAGCAAAAACAGGAACUGGAAAUCUGAAAUCACUGUACUGGCAGAUAAAAAUAUAAAAAAAACAUGGUUUUUGCAUUUUACGUUUUCACGGAGUGUACUGAAGUACCAAUGUCCUUUACAGACUGUUUGCCUGAAAUGCUAGAUAGAGGACACCUUCUGUGUUAAUGGAAUUUUUUCUUCCUUUAUAUAUUGUACAAAAGUGAAAGUUAGAGCAACUUCAGUCAGCAACAGGUAACAUUAUACAUGUUGACUGCAAGACUGCACGCUGCCUGUAUAUAUAUCUGCAUUCAAACUCAAAAGUGAAAAAGAGGACAUAAGCAACGCACUAUUUGCUUUUCUUUGUCCAAUAUGUGUCAUUAGAUACUGUGAUUUAGUUUGCUUUCCAUAUACUCCUUUAAAAUCAACUGGUUUCGGCCUGUACUCUUGUCUUAUCCCCACACUAAAGAGGAUAAUAUAUAGGUUCUUAAUUAUGAUUUAUGUGCAACUCUUAAGUAUUACGAUUGGAAUUUGGAAAAGCAACACAGUGCCGUCAUAGCAUCCACUUAAUACUGUAUUGCACUGAAGCGAAAUCAAAUAUUCUCUUGUGAUUUAUUGAAAGGAAGACAUGAAAAUGCCCUUUGCAUUCCUCCAGACAUGUCCUCGAAAAACAUUUACCUCAACAGUUUUCCU